AUGGAUCAAGCUACGGCUAGGGUUUUCUCUGAACGGUGCGAUCCAUCUCCAUCUCCUUGGAAUGUCACUAACAACAAGUCCAAGCAUGGAAAUGAAACCUCUGUUGACACGGGAACUAGUGGUAGUACUGGCAGUAUGCCCACAGAAAGCACAGCUGAUACUCAUCAAGCUGUUAAUAUCUCCUCAGUUGAUUUCAAUGGAGUUUGGUGA